UUAAGUCAUUAAUGUAUUUAAAAGUUUAUAAAGAGUCUUAUAACAUAUAUACAAAGUGGAUGUUAUAAUUAGAGACACAAAGAGUAUUACACUUUUUUACAUGAGAAAGACAAUAAAACAAAACAUAAGAAACUACGCUUUAAGGGAAAUAUCUAAAAAUUUGGAAGAAUAAGAAACUACGCUUUAAGGGAAAUAUCUAAAAAUUUGGAAGAAUAAGAAACUACACUUUAAGGGGAGUAUUAAGUCAUUAAUGUAUUUAAAAGUUUAUAAAGAAUCUUAUAACAUAUAUACAAAGUGGAUGUUAUAAUUAGAGACACAAAGAGUAUUACACUUUUUUACAUGAGAAAGACAAUAAAACAAAACAUAAGAAACUACGCUUUAAGGGAAAUAUCUAAAAAUUUGGAAGAAUUAGAAACUCUGGAAAAAAUUGCUCUUUUCUUGACAAAAAAAUUCAAGAAAAUCUCUAACUUCAUCUCUUGGGUCUAUCAUGCACCAUGCGCGUUGUCAAAAUUAUCCUUCCACUUUCGUAAAUGUAUACCCGGAAGUAUUAUUUUUGUUUCAAAGUUGUUUUCAAUGAUCAAUGAUGAACACAUUUCAACAACUUCAAAACUCAAUUUAAUCGGUAAGUUUUCGAGUUAUUUUAGAGUAUUUCCCCUAAUAGAGUUUGAGUAGAUUUUUGUGUUGAAAUCAUUAGAUACUUUUAGAAACAUACUUUAGAGACAAUGUAGGUAUUGUUUGAUGUGUAAAACGGAUGAUCAUGGGGUGAAAAUUGAUUUUUCCAACUAUGUGAACAGUUACUUACGCCAUUUUUGCGUUCCUGAAGUUGCAGAACAUUCCAUAGAUACAUUUACGAAACAUAUGAAACAUUAGGUAGUUUGGUAGAUGCACCUACGGAACAAACCCAGUUAUUUGAAAAGAUAGCUAGUUCCGUAGAUACAUCUACGAAAGACUUUUGUAUGUACAUCUACGGAGGUAAAUUUGCUUUUUCUUUUUCUUUUUAAUUACCAAACUGUAUCUAACUCGAUUUUAUUUGUAAUACAAUGCAGACAUUAUGGCCGACCAUCCAGACCGCAUUAUAUCUGGGAGGACUGCACAACAUGCCUCUGUGCGACGUGCACAAAUGCAUAUGUUGUCACAGGUGACAGAUGGAGCCUCCUUUCCAACAGAUGCACCUGAUACAUUAGUUGCAGCAGAGUUACUUGUUACAUCUGCUACAGCUGAGGGGCCUUCCACAUCUACUACCUCAUCCCGGAGGCCUCGGGAUGAUGGUGAGGGUUCUUCACAUACUCCCUCCGCCCGUAGACGUCGUCGGGGAGCUUCUUCUACUCUAGUGCCACCUCUGGCCGAUGUUGGAUCUCUGGUGCCACCACCUGAGCUGCACGAGGAGGCUGAUGCGGCUGAGGCGCCUGUCUUUUAUUCAGGGGGUCCUUUAGAUUUAUCCUUACUGAAAGGGUAAGGCUUCCCAGAAGUUCUACAACUAUGGUCGAAAGAUUGCCAACCUCGUGUAGCCUACCGAGCCUUGGUUUCAGGAUGUCCUUGCAGCUUAUGGGCUGAAGGACAUGUGACAGAUUGGAUA